UCCAACUGUCGGUUCAAUCAGUCGGGAUUUCGGUACCGCUGGAGCGUCUCAGGGAAGCUGCUUUGGAAUUAAAACUAUACGAGCAGGGGGCGCGUACGCCAUUAAGUGUCGACGGAGACGCAGCGGGGGCUACUCUAUGCAGUAUUUGACAAUGGGAGUGUUACUAUGAGGUGUUGUUUGUGAAGACGACUGAGUGAACCAUGGCACAGUUCCACACCACAUUCACGGGUCCAGACAUGUUCCUGAUCUCGGUGGAUGAGCGAGCCAAACAUGACCAGCAGUUUCACAGCCUCUCCCCCACAGCAGGGGGUUACAUCACGGGAGAUCAGGCUAAAAACUUCUUCCUCCAGUCUGGACUGCCGCCGCCCAUCCUGGCCCAAAUCUGGGCUCUGGCCGAUAUGAACAGUGACGGCCGUAUGGACAUCCACGAGUUCUCCAUUGCCAUGAAACUCAUCAAACUUAAACUCCAGGGUCACCCUCUGCCCCCCACGUUACCCCCCAGUAUGAAACAGCCCCCACUGCCUUUACCCCCGCAGAGCGGCUUUGGCAUGCCCCCCCUGGCACCCAUUGCCCCUCCUAUGCCCGGCGUGCCCCCGCUCCCGCUCCCUCCUCUACCUGUUGGGGUUUCUCCGCCUCUCGUCUCGGCGGCACCGCCGCCCCUCCCCCAGCCCAUGGCCAACGGAGCCCCUCCCACAGGCAUGAUGCAACCCAUGUCAGGCUUCUCCCACCCAGGUAAGAAAGCUUCCUCUGUCAACAAGGCCUCCUUUAACCGUUCAAGCACCAAGUUGCAGAAGGGGCCGUCAUUUGAUGCUGCUGGCGGUCAGCCUCCUUCAUCACAACCUGACUGGGCCGUUCCUCAGUCGUCAAGGCUCAAGUACAGGCAGCUUUUUAACUCCCAUGACAAGAUGAUGAGCGGUCACCUCACAGGUCCUCAGGCGCGCACUAUCCUUAUGCAGUCCAGUCUUCCUCAAGGCCAGCUAGCCUCAAUAUGGAGUCUGUCAGAUAUUGACCAGGAUGGGAAGUUGACUGCGGAGGAGUUUAUCUUGGCUAUGCACCUCAUAGACAUGGCCAUGUCUGGCCUGCCCCUUCCACCGGUGCUACCAUCAGAUUACCUCCCACCUACAUUCAGGCGCGUGCGAAGUGACAGCGUUCAGUCGGACCAGAAGAGCGUCCCGGAGGAGGCAGAGGAAGAGGCGGAGAGUAGCCAGGAAAAGAAGCUCCCAGUGACAUUUGAGGAUAAAAAACGGGAGAAUUUUGAGCGAGGAAACCUGGAGUUGGAGAAGCGACGUCAGGCUCUCCAGGAGCAGCAGAGGAAAGAACAGGAGAGGCUGGCUGCACUGGAGAGGGAAGAACAGGAGAGAAAGGAGCGUGAGAGGCUGGAGCAAGAGAGGAGGCGACAACAGGAGUUGGAGAAGCAGCUGGAGAAACAGAGGGAGCUGGAAAGGCAGAGAGAGGAGGAGAGACGCAAAGAAAUCGAGAGGAGAGAGGCUGCUAAGCGGGAGUUGGAGCGGCAGAGGCAGUUAGAGUGGGAGCGCCAGCGUCGCCAAGAGCUUCUGACUCAGAGGAACAGAGAGCAGGAGAGCAUAGUUUUGCUAAAAGCCCGCAAGAAGACCCUGGAGUUUGAACUGGAGGCCCUGAAUGACAAGAAGACCCAGUUGGAGGGCAAACUGAAGGAUGUCAGGUUCCGUCUGUCUGCUCAGCGGAGAGAGAUGGAGCAGACCAACCAGACAAGAGAAACACGCAUUGCCGAGAUCACCCUGUUGCAACAGCAGCUGCAAGACUCCCAGCAGUGGCUGGGGAGGCUUAUUCCUGACAAACAAAGCCUCAGUGACCAGCUGAAACAGGUUCAACAGAACAGUCUGCAUCGUGACAAUCUGUCAUCCCUGCAGAAGGCUGUGGAGCAGAAAGAAUCCAGUAGACAGCUACUUAAAGAGCAGCUUGACACGGUGGAGAGAGAAACUCGGGCCAAACUGCUGGAGAUAGAUGCUUUCAACACGCAGCUCAAGUCUCUGUGUGAGUUCUAUGCCAGCCACUGUGCCAGGAUAGAAGCCCUGCGACGCCAGCUUGAGGAGGAGCAGAGAGGGAGACAGGAGCUGAGGGAAAUCCACAGCCGGCAGCAGAGACAGAAACAGAAGGAGCUGGAAGGAGACGCACAUGCCCUAAUGCACGCUCACAUGCACGCCCCGAGUGACAGGAAGUCUGCUGAGCUUCAGGAAAGCAGGUUGUCCUCGGACGAAGGCUUGACUUGGAGGGAAGAUGCGGCGAGUUCUGCCCUGAAGGCGCCAAGCCCCGCCUCUGCGUCCCACGCCUGGCUCAACAGAGUGACCCAAGAAGAGGAGGAGCGGAAAAGGAGAGGGCUGGAGGAGGAUGAAGAGGGUCGAAAGGCUGCAGUAUCAGUGGAGGAGAAGGACGACGAGGCCAGAAGCAAGAAAGACAUGCAGGAGAAACUGAGCAAGUUGUUCAGCCAGCCUGCCGACCCCUGGGCUUCCACAGCAGAAAAGGCUCCAGUAGCAAGUCUGUUUGAGCAGCAGCAGCAGCAGCAGCCAGUGAAGGUGGUCUACUAUAGAGCUCUGUACCCAUUUGACGCUCGCAGCCAUGAUGAGAUCAGCAUCGCCCCCGGUGAUGUCAUCAUGGUGAAGGGGGAAUGGGUGGAUGAGUCUCAAACGGGUGAGCCCGGUUGGCUGGGAGGAGAGCUCAGAGGUCGGACAGGGUGGUUUCCAGCUAAUUAUGCCGAACGAAUACCAGACAGUGAAGCACCCAUCAGCCUGCGUGCAGCCGUCUCAGCAACCCCCACCUCAGCCCAGCAGCAGCAGCCCAUCAGCACGCCACCUCCAGCGCCUGGGCCGACCUCCUCGUCCACAUCAUCCACUAACAGUAACUGGGCCGACUUCAGCACCACCUGGCCCUCAAAUACGAGUAGCCAGAUAGAUAGCGAGGGAUGGGACGCGUGGCCUACCUCCUCGGCCGCUCAGAAUCCGUCCCUCAGCGUCCCCUCAGCACAGCUGCGACAGCGCUCCGCCUUCACCCCAGCCACCAUGACAACAGGCUCCUCCCCUUCUCCCGUGCUUGGACAGGGGGAGAAGGUGGAGGGUCUGCAGGCACAGGCCUUGUACCCCUGGAGAGCCAAGAAGGACAACCACCUGAACUUCAACAAGAACGAGAUUAUAACAGUGUUGGAGCAGCAGGAUAUGUGGUGGUUGGGAGAACUCCAGACUGGACAGAGAGGCUGGUUCCCCAAAAGCUACGUGAAGCUCAUCUCUGCCGCCAUGGCGCCACCAAUCAUAGCCUCGGCACGCAGUAAAAACACCAGUGAGACUACGGUGUCAGAAAGCCCCCCGAAUGGAAAACGCCCCUCCCCCACUCCAGUCAAGCCCACAGAGUCUGGAGAAGAGUAUGUCGCCAUGUACACCUACGAGAGCAGCGAGCAGGGCGACCUGAGUUUCCAGCAAGGGGAUGUGGUCAUGGUGACCAGGAAGGAGGGAGACUGGUGGACAGGCAUGGUCGGGGGCAAGACCGGAGUCUUCCCGUCCAACUAUGUCAAACCACGCGACUCCAACUCAGAGUCUUUAGGAUCAGCAGGGAAGACAGGCAGCCUAGGAAAGAAACCAGAGAUUGCCCAGGUCAUCGCCCCCUACUCUGCGACAGGUGCGGAGCAGCUGACAUUAGCGCCGGGCCAGCUCAUCCUCAUCAGGAAGAAGAACCCUGGGGGCUGGUGGGAAGGGGAGCUUCAGGCCCGAGGGAAAAAACGACAAAUUGGAUGGUUUCCGGCCAAUUAUGUAAAGCUACUCAGCCCCAGUACCAGCAAGACCACGCCCACUGAGCCCACCCCGCCUAAACUGGCCCCUGCCAGCACAGCUGUGUGCCAGGUGAUUGGCAUGUACGACUACGUGGCUCAGAAUGAUGACGAACUGGCCUUCCAGAAGGGUCAGGUGAUAACUGUGCUCAGUAAGGACGACUGUGAUUGGUGGAAAGGCGAGCUCAACGGUCGGGAGGGUCUGUUUCCUAGCAACUAUGUCAAGCUCACGACAGACACAGACCCCAGCACGCAGUGGUGCGCUGACCUGCAUCUGCUGGACAUGCUGAGUCCCAUGGAGAGGAAGCGGCAGGGGUACAUCCACGAGCUCAUUGUCACCGAGGAGAACUACGUCAACGACCUGCAGCUUGUCACCGAGAUCUUCCACAAGCCUCUGCUGGAGUGCGAGCUGCUGAGCGAGAAGGAGGUGGCCAUGAUCUUCGUCAACUGGAAGGAGCUCAUCAUGUGCAACAUCAAGCUGCUCAAGGCUCUGAGGGUGAGGAAGAAGAUGUCAGGUGACCGCAUGCCGGUGAAGAUGAUUGGUGACAUCCUGACCAAUCAGCUGCCGCACAUGCAGCCGUACAUCAGGUUCUGCUCGUGUCAGCUGAACGGUGCCACGCUGAUUCAGCAGAAAACGGACGACAACCCCGAAAUCAAAGACUUCCUCAAGAGGUUAGCCAUGGACCCUCGCUGUAAGGGCAUGCCUCUGUCCAGCUUCCUGCUCAAACCCAUGCAAAGAGUCACGCGCUACCCACUAAUCAUCAAGAAUAUAUUGGAAAACACUCCAGAGUCUCAUCCUGACCACAGUCACCUGAAAGCUGCUCUGGAGAAGGCUGAGGAGCUGUGCUCUCAGGUGAACGAGGGCGUGAGGGAGAAGGAGAACUCUGAUCGUCUUGAGUGGAUCCAGGCUCAUGUUCAGUGCGAAGGCCUUUCUGAGCAACUGGUCUUCAACUCAGUCACCAACUGUUUGGGUCCCAGGAAGUUCCUUCACAGCGGCAAACUUUUCAAAGCCAAGAGCAGCAAGGAGCUCUACGGUUUCCUCUUCAACGACUUCCUGCUGCUCACACAGGUGACCAAGCCUUUGGGUUCUUCUGGCUCUGACAAAGUCUUCUCAUCCAAAACACACCUGCAGUACCGCAUGUACAAGACGCCCAUCUUCCUCAAUGAAGUAUUGGUGAAGCUUCCGACGGACCCUUCGGGAGACGAGCCUCUCUUCCACAUCUCUCACAUCGACAGGGUUUACACGCUGAGAGCCGAGAGCAUCAAUGAGCGGACGGCGUGGGUCCAGAAGAUAAAGGCGGCCUCGGAGCUCUUCAUUGAGACGGAGAAGAAGAAGCGAGAGAAAGCCUAUCUUGUGCGUUCCCAGAGGGCGACAGGUAUCGGAAGGCUGAUGGUGAACAUCGUGGAGGGAAUCGAGCUGAAACCGUGUCGCUCGCACGGCAAAAGCAACCCCUACUGUGAGGUGACCAUGGGCUCCCAAUGCCAUAUCACUAAAACACUGCAGGACACAUUGAAUCCCAAGUGGAACUCCAACUGUCAGUUUUUCAUUAAGGAUUUGGAGCAGGACGUCCUGUGUGUGACUGUCUUCGAGCGGGACCAGUUCUCACCUGACGACUUCCUGGGCAGGACGGAGAUCCGACUGGCAGAAAUCAAGAAGGACCAGGGCUCCAAAGGACCGAUCACCAAGCGCUUGCUGCUCCACGAGGUUCCCACUGGCGAGAUCGUGGUCAGACUGGACCUCCAGCUCUUUGAGGAGCCGUGAAAGCUGGACCACACGGCACUACCAUAUCGGGAAGAAACGGGAAUGUCCGGCUCGAGGCUGUGCUACUUUUAUUCCAUUAUUUAUUGACUGCAAAGCAAAUGAAUUGGAAUGAAGACUCAGACCAAGUAUUUCAUUUGCUGCUGAGUUGGAUCAUUUGGCAGCUUGCAAACCUUCACCGUCUGUUUUGGACCAAAACAUAACUGCAAUAUUUCAUUCGACUGAUGUUCCUUUUUCAAAGAAAGCUGCAACAAAUUUGAUGUUUGAGAGGACAUGCUGGAAAGACUGUCUGGUCCUGCUUAGUCCCUUUGCUGGUUUUCUUUCUCCAGUGACAAUCCCAGUCCUCAUUUGUUUGUUUGUGUGUGUGUGUGCGUGUGCGUGUGCGUGUGCGUGUGGGUGUGUGUAUUACGUUGUGGUCUGGACAUGAACAGACCUUUUAAAUGAGUUUCUUUCCUCCAAACACUGGUCAUGUGAUUUCCUUAAAGUGCCACACAUGUACAAGUUUAAUGACGCUAUGCUAACAGCGCUACUAGAAGACAAGCGUUAAAAAAAAAAAACACAUUGUGGCUGAACUUUGGUCACCCAGGGAACAUUUUGGUAUGUUUUUUUUUUAAUCCCAUUUUUGACAUCCUACAUGUGACCUCUGACCUUAUGUUGUUGCUGAGAGCUGCCAGGGUGGACGUCACACUGCAAGGGCGGCGCUAACCCUGACAAGUUUGAACAGGAAGGUUGUGCAACACGUGUCCCCCCCCCCAACACACACACUCAACCUUAAUUGUGGCAUCAGCAGAGUGACACAACCAACCGUUACCUUAGCGACCAGCCACUGUCCAAUCAGACGUCUGUGCGUGCGCGUGUGAGAGAUGGUGCAGACUGAAACCAAUCAAAAAGCUGUCUUAACCCAUUCCCCCCUCCCCUCUUCUUCCUCCUUACACUGUACUAAAAAGUCAUCUAAUUAACUUUGGACCCGUUCUUACUGUCAUGCCUCCUGGCUUGUGUAUAAAUACUACUGAGAGUUAAUAUAUGAGCGCUAUGAUGUACCUGUACUGUCUUUUCAGUGUUAAUAAACUCCAGUUGGACCAACACACAGGACUACUUUGC